AUGGAGCACGUAGUCCUGGACCAUUUCAUUGAACACGUAGAGGACGGGGACGAGUUCAUUCACUCCAUGUUUGGUUUCAGGCGACACCUGUCCACCCAAGACGCACUCCUUCAGUUAAAGAGGCAGAUGAUGCAACCCGAAAGUCCGGUGGACGCUCGCCGAUUCCGGUGCCUCCUGAUCCUCGACGUGAAGAAGGCCUUCGACAAUGUCGGUCAGGAAGCGGUGCUCGAGGGCCUGAGCCAAAUGGGGGUCGGAAACCGAGCAUACCAACACGUCCGAAACUUUCUCACCGACCCGAAGUGCCGGAUCAACGUCGGCGAACACGAAAGUGACAUAGAGCUGGGAAGCCGAGGCACGCCGCAGUGA